AAAAACAGUUUAUCCACAAAAAGCACGACACGUGUCGCCAUAAGAAUGGUUAAGACAGCGCCGGCGGGGACUGUGAGUGACGUCAUCAAGUACAAGGGUGUCAGGUUGCGGAAAUGGGGGAAAUACGUGUCGGAGAUUCGGCUCCCCAACAGCCGCGACCGUAUAUGGCUCGGCUCCUACGCCACGGCUGAGCAGGCGGCGCGUGCGUUCGACGCCGCAUUGUACUGCCUCCGCGGCGCCGAGGCCAAGUUCAAUUUCCCCGGCGACCCGCCCAACAUCGCCGGCGGGCAGGGGCUCGCGCCGCCCGAGAUUCGGGCGGCGGCGCAGGCGUACGCGGAAGGGUUCCCGGAGGCGGGGAGUGAUAAUCAGCCGCCGGAGGAGGAGGAGGAAGAUCGGUCGGAAUCGCCGUCGGCGGCGGUCGACCUGAACGAUUGGUCGUUUCUCGACGCGCUGGAUUCCGGCGGGGAAAUUAAUUCCGACAUGUUCGCCGGAAUCGAUCAUUAUUUCCACGAACCAUUCGAUGAUGACCUCUGCAUUUUGCCGCAUUACAUUGGUAAUGACGUCGCCGGCGACGACGACGACGAUGACGGCGGUGAUGGUCAAUCACUAUGGAUGUUUUGAGUUGGAAAUUAAUUAUUAUAAUUUUUUAUUUAAAUUUAUA